AUGGUUGUGUCCGACUUCGGCAGCGGCUACAGUGGCAGCAUUUCGCAAGGAGACAAGGCUGGUGCUACUGGUGUUGAUGUGUGGAGCCUCUUCGACGACACGGACCUGGUCGAAGAGCGUUCCGCAGCGCGUACGAGGAGCGAGCCUGAAGAUGCAGAGCAUGCUGAUUCCGCGCCCAGCUGUUUGGAUAAAGACGUUCUUGCAGUGAUCCUAUCGCAGGCCGGGGACGCCAUCGCACUGACUCAGUACCAGGUUCCGGCCGUCUGCCGCUACUUCUACUCAGCUACACGGGAGGCGAUGUGCUGGCGGCACCUUUGCCUUUCUCCCUCCAACUACUUGGCCUCCUCUGCUGUGACGGAUGACGUGGUGCGGCGGCUGGCCAGGACCCACGGACCCAAGAUUCUCACAAUCUGCUUGGACGGCGCACGCUUGCUUGGUCCCUCAGCUGUGUCCACGAUCGCCUACAACUGUCCGCAGUUGCAAGGCUUCACAGCCGUCGGCUGCGUUGGCAUUGGCUUUGGCGCCAUGCGCUUCUUGUGCAAGUCUUGUCCGUCACUGCACACUUUGAGGGUCUCUGGUUGCCAUCUUGAAACAGAUCCGCAAACCGAAGCAGACAAGCUGGCACAGACCAUCGCGGAGAAUUGCCCCCAGCUGCGCUUCCUGUCGCUGUCGCGGCUCACGCAGGAGGACAGCCUCGAGGCGCUUCUUCGCUGCCCUUCGUUGGAGGCAUUGGACCUCUCCAGCUGUGAGCAGCUGCCCUGCAGCGAGCGCUUUGCCUCGCUCUUCGCGCCUGCAGCGCAGCGGCUCACGUCCCUGAAGCUGGCAAACUGCUCCCGGCUCCUCUCUCUCUCCGGCCACUUCACGCAGCUGCGCACGCUCUACCUCGGCGGCUGCGUGCGCUUGAGCGAUGCCGAGGGCCUGGGGCUUCUGCUCCAUCACUGCCGAGGAACACUGACUCUGCUGAGCCUGGUGGGCUGCCAGAAUCUAUCCGCUGACGGCCUGCGGAGAGCCUUCGGUCAGGCAGGCACGCUGGCCCUUGAAACCCUCGUCUUGGGGGGCUGUCGUGUGUACGAUGAGCUUUGUGAGCUCUUGGGCCGCCAGUGUCCCUGCCUGACCUCGCUUGAUCUCUGGGAUUGCCCCAUGACCAACGCUGGGGUCUCCGCCAUCAUCCAGGCAGGGGCGCCCCUGUCAGAGCUGAACUUGAGAGAAUGCCGGCGUGUCACGGGCCACGUCCUACAGGACCUUUGUGAGUCCAGGGCUGUGAGGCUGCGCACACUGGAUGUGUCUUUCCUGGGGACGGUGACCGACGAGCACCUGCUUCCAGUGGUGCAAACAUUUGCUGAUCUCAGGUGUCUGGUCUGCGGCGGCGCCACUUGCACCAUAACCGAGAGGUUGCUGGAGGCUCUGCCUUUGAACCUGGAAGCCUUGCACCUGGAGGGAGCGCCGCAGCUGCGCGACACUGCGCCGAUUGCGCGGCUCCGUAACUUGAUGGCGCUCAGCCUCGAGGACUCCUCGGCAUCGCAGCUGUCGCAGCUUCUUGAGUCUCUUGACGUCCGGAGCUGCAAGAUCACCUCGCUGAACAUCUCGGGCUGCGUGCUGGAUGAUGACGCCAUCUUGCGCCUGAGCUCCGUGCUCCCGCGAUUGCUGGAGCUCGAGGUCUGCAGCACCCAAAUCACAGAUCGUGGUCUCCGAGCCAUUGUCCGGCACUGUUCCAGGCUCUUGCACCUCGGGAUCCUGAACUGCGACAACAUCAGCAGAGGCGCCGUGCAGGAUGCCCGGCAGGCACUGCCUGCCUGCAUCCUUAGCUUCCUGGAGACGUAA